GACAAUUCAGCCUUUCCAGAUAGUAUUAUAAAUCGAGGACGCUUUGUAGUAUAAAGUUGAUGGUCAAAAUGGGUCUUUUAAAGCUGUUUGCUUGUAUUCUUUUUGUUUUCUCCAUUGUCGAGUCAAAGGUGUAUUUUAAAGAAACGUUUGGUGAUGCCGACUGGGAAAAACGCUGGAUUAGCUCGACUAAAAAAGGCAGUGAUGCUGGAAAGUUUGUUUUAUCUGCUGGCAAGUUCUAUAAUGAUCCAGAGUUAGACAAAGGAAUUCAGACGAGUCAGGAUGCUAAAUUUUACGGUAUCUCAGCGAAAUUCGACGAAGCAUUCUCUAACAAGGACAAAGAUCUUGUUAUUCAAUUCUCUGUUAAACACGAGCAAACGAUUGACUGUGGGGGUGGAUACGUCAAAGUAUUUGCAAGUGACUUGGACCAAGCUGGUAUGCACGGAGACUCGCCCUACAAUAUCAUGUUUGGACCUGAUAUCUGUGGACCUGGAACAAAGAAAGUUCAUGUAAUCUUCAACUACAAGGGAAAGAACCUUUUGACAAAGAAAGAUAUCAGGUGCAAGGAUGAUGAAAUGACUCAUCUUUAUACAUUGAUUGUGAAACCAGACAAUACUUAUGAAGUGAGAAUAGAUAAUGAAAAAGUUGAAAGUGGUGAACUAGAGCAAGAUUGGGAAUUCUUACCUGAAAAGAAGAUAAAAGACCCUGAAGCUAAAAAGCCUGAUGAUUGGGUCGAUGAAGCUAAAAUCCCUGACCCUACAGACAAGAAGCCUGAUGACUAUGACAAACCACAACAUAUUCCUGACCCUGAUGCCAAGAAACCUGAAGAUUGGGAUGAUGAGAUUGAUGGCGAAUGGGAACCACCUAUGAUUGAUAAUCCUGAAUACAAGGGUGAAUGGAAACCAAAGAUGAUAGACAACCCAGCCUACAAAGGAGAAUGGGUUCAUCCUGAAAUAGACAACCCUGAUUACGCCCCAGAUUCUGAACUUUACAAAUAUGAUGAUUUUGGAGCGAUUGGGUUUGAUUUAUGGCAGGUGAAGUCUGGCACAAUUUUUGACAAUAUUAUUAUCACUGAUUCUGUGACUGAAGCUGAAGACUUUGCCAAAGAAACAUUUGACAAAACAAAAGAGGGUGAAAAGAAAAUGAAGGAUGAACAAGAUGAAAAAGAAAGAAAAGAGAGAGAAGAAGAAGAAAAGAAAAAGAAAGAGGAGGAUGAUUCUAAGAAAGAUGAUGGAGAAGAGGAAGAAGAGGAGGAAGAAGAAGAGGUAAGAUCAUGAUGUUUAAAGGUGGGC